GUGGUGUCCACUGUGCUCCAGCUGGGCAACAUGACGUUUGAGAAGGAGAGGAACAGUGAGCAGGCCACCAUGCCUGACAACACCGCUGCCCAGAAGGUGUGCCACCUGCAGGGCAUCAACGUGACCGACUUCACCCGCGCCAUCCUCACACCCAGGAUUAAAGUGGGCAGGGAGGUGGUGCAGAAGGCCCAGACCAAGCAGCAGGCUGAUUUCGCGGUGGAGGCUCUGGCUAAGGCCAUGUACGAGCGUUUGUUUCGCUGGAUCCUGGCCAGAGUCAACAAGACGCUGGACAAGAGUAAGAGACAGUCAUCGUCCUUCCUGGGCAUCCUGGACAUCGCUGGUUUUGAGAUUUUUGAGGACAACUCUUUUGAGCAACUCUGCAUCAACUACACCAACGAGCGUCUGCAGCAGCUCUUCAACCACACCAUGUUCAUCCUGGAGCAGGAAGAGUACAAGAGGGAGGGCAUCGAGUGGAACUUCAUCGACUUCGGUCUCGACCUGCAGCCGUGCAUCGAGCUCAUCGAGAGGCCGAACAACCCUCCAGGUAUCCUGGCCCUGCUGGAUGAGGAGUGCUGGUUCCCCAAAGCCACCGACGUUUCCUUUGUGGAUAAGCUGCUCAACACCCACACUGGACACGUCAAAUUCUCCAAACCCAAGCAACACAAAGAUAAGCUGAUGUUCAGUGUGCUGCACUACGCUGGUAAGGUGGACUAUAAUGCAGCCAAUUGGUUGACAAAGAACAUGGACCCUCUGAAUGACAACGUAACAGCGCUGCUCAACAACUCCUCCAGCGCCUUCAUCCAGGACCUGUGGAAAGACACGGAUCGAGUGGUGGGUCUGGAGACCAUUACCAAGAUGUCUGAGAGUUCGGGGCCGACCAAAUCCAAGAAGGGCAUGUUCCGCACAGUGGGCCAGCUGUACAAAGAGUCUCUGGGCAAACUGAUGACCACGCUGCACAACACACAGCCCAACUUCGUCCGCUGCAUCAUUCCCAACCACGAGAAGAGGGCUGGUAAGAUGGACUCCAACCUGGUGCUGGAGCAGCUGAGGUGUAACGGGGUGCUGGAGGGCAUUCGGAUCUGCAGGCAGGGAUUCCCUAACCGCAUCGUGUUCCAGGAGUUCAGACAGAGGUACGAGAUCCUGGCUGCCAAUGCCAUCCCUAAAGGCUUCAUGGAUGGGAAACAGGCCUGCUGUUUGAUGGUAAAGCACCUGGAUCUGGACCCUAACCUGUACCGUAUCGGCCAGAGUAAGAUGUUCUUCAGGACGGGGGUUUUGGCCCAGCUGGAGGAAGAGAGAGACCUCAAACUGACCGUCGUCAUCAUCGCCUUCCAGGCUCAAGCAAGAGGCUUCUUGGGUCGCAAGGCUUUCAGCAAACGUCAGCAGCAGCUGAGCGCCAUGAAGGUCAUCCAGAGGAACUGCGCCUGUUACCUCAAACUCAAGAACUGGCAGUGGUGGAGGCUUUUCACUAAGGUGAAGCCACUGCUGCAAGUAACCAGACAAGAGGAGGAAAUGGGUCAGAAAGAGGAGGAGCUAAAGGUUGCCAAAGAGGUGGCGGCAAAGACUGAGGCCGAACUGAAGGACAUCACCCAGAAACACACCCAG